CCUGAGCUGUUUGCAUUUUCAGGGAUCUGCUUACAGGCCCGCCCCUUAUCCUGCCAGCCUAGCCAACUAUUAGCAAGUCAGAAAUAUAUCCUGCCUGGGUCAGAUGUGGGACCGGGCUACCCAAAUGGCACACAUCUGGGUUCUCACUGACUGUGUCUUCUUCACUGUCCACAAUAUCCCUGCCCUGAUUCCAGAUCUUGAAUGUCAAUGUGAAGUCCCCAGCCCUGCUGCUGAGCCAGCUGCUGCCCCACAUGAAAAAGAGAGGGAGCAGAGUUGUCAUCCUGGUCUCCUCUGUUGCAGCUUAUAUUCCCCAGGUGGAGGUGGGUGUCUACACUGUCAAUAAGACAGCCCUGCUGGGCCUCAACAGGACACUUUCGAAGGAGCUGGCCCCCAAGGGCAUCCGGGUGAACUGCUUAGUUCCAGGAAUAAUUGAGACUGACUUCAGCCAAGUGGUGGGCACUGGGGUGUGUCCUGUGUUUCCCUAGCCUGGCCAAGUGGAAACCCUUCCCAGUGACUAAAGAUAAAGGGGAUCCGUGUCCUCACUGUCCUCUGAACUCAGCCAUGAUCCUGUCUAUCAACACUUAGAAAGGCAGACAUGCCAUGUGACUUCCUUGUGGCCCUGCCAUCUCCUUGUUUUCUCAGCAGCAACUCUUUAAUCUCUUUCCUUUGCCCCGUUUCAUAAGAGCAAGACUCUUUGGAACAACUACAAGGAAACCCUGCUGGUGCAGAGGCAAGUG